AUGGAGAGUACCCAGUCGACUGAAUGGAGAAGCCGUAAACGACCAUACUCAUCAUCGGGGCCAGGCAGUGACGACGCGCCAGAUCAGAAUGACCAGGGUUUACCUUUGGUUCGACGACGGGUGCUUUCCGGGUCAGACUCGGAUAGCUCUGGAGAAAAGGACCGUGUUUAUGACAACGACUGUGAGAUGCAGGAUGUGCCGGCUGAAGGGGAACCUUCAGUCCUGGCAACCUGCCUUGGCAUGCUAGUAUUAGAGCAACCGCACCUGCAUCGUCUAAGUACCGAGCAGAGGGAAUUUGGAGUGAGCUUCACGGGCUUCGGCAACACCUACACUAUUUAUUCAGAGGCGUCAGGCGAGUAUUGCGGUCUUCUCGACUCGGAGGCAGCUGAAUGUGUGCAGGUCCUCGAAAGAAUAUCUGGUCUUCAGUUUGAAGCAUCUAUGAAUCGACGUUCCAAGAAACUCAAAUUCUUGCUCUUCGGCGAUAUAGAGGAAGCUCAAGAUAUUGGGAAUACGCUGGCAUCUAGCAGCCUUUUCCUACAACACCCGAGCACGGAAGAUUACCAAGGGACGAGUUACUUCAAUCCUCAUUAUCUCACCAGACCAGGCCUCACUUUUCAGGAAGCUAUUGAGACCUUGAACCAACAAGUUCACCUCAGCAAGCAGCUGACAUUGACUGAGAAAUCUGAAAUUGCUACGGUUUUGGACCAAGCAGCUGGGCCAACAAUCUUCUCCGAGGUGCAGGUCAGCAAUUGUAUCAAGACCGAGUUGAAACCGUGA